UGUUGAGGGCGCUAGGCUCCUCCCGUAAGUAAUAACACAAAAACUUGCGUCUCUAGUGUUGUUUAGUACUAUUUUGAGGUACAUUCCAGCAUUGGUAGCUACUUCAAUCUACUUCUCAAUCAGUGAGACUUGGUUCCAGAGACAGCGGGACCGUAAACUAUAAAUAGAAGGGAGCGGCUGAACUUUCUUUCACUCGGUUUCAAGACGCUGCGUGAUGAAGAUCUUGAUGGUAGCAGCGGUGGUGGCUGUGGCGUCCGCAGCUCCACAAUUCAGUGGCGCACACAACAAUGUCGGAUUUGGCAGCGAGGCUACGUUAGCCCUCCAGGAAUUCGGAGGAGGGCGGAAUUCCUUUGGAGGAUACCGAGCUCCUGCCAGGGAGUGUGGAGACGGUGAAGUCCUGAACACCGACGGCACCUGUGGGAUCCCUGAAGUCAAAAGGAAAAUCUACGUUUUUGCAGCUAGACCAACGCUUCACAAGCCAAUUACACCUAAGGUUCCAGAACCUGAAGUGAACAUCGACGUGAUCCUCGUGAAGGCCCCUGUGGGAACCCCUGGCGGUAAACCAAUCGUGGUUCCUCCUCCUGAGCAGAAGACGGUCGUGUACGUGUUGAGCAAACGACCGAAGGUUGGCCAAGAAAUCAUCGAAGUUCCUUCAGUUCCUGAAGAACCGGAAGUUUAUUUCGUCAAUUACGAUGACGGCGACAACCCAAUCCUGCCAGGAGGAAUAGACCUGCAGACAGCGUUGUCACAAGCGGCCCAUGCGCAAGGCAACCUGGUUGAAGGUGGAGGUAGCGCAGGAGGCGGACAAUAUCAAGCGCCUAAACAGCAGCAAGGAUUUGCAUACAAUCGCUUUUAGUAGAUGACAUGAAUUCAUUGCCUCUAGUCAUUGUAUUAUAUACCAUACCUCAUCUUUGUUACAUUUGUAGUAUUAUGUUUUUUUUAAUUAUGAAGUAAAUUGUCAAAAUGUCUGUGAGUGAUUUUUGAUGUACCAGUUGAAUGAAAGGUAAAUUUUGAUAGGAUUCGAGAUUGACAUAAUUACAAUAAAAAUUUUUAUUUCAUGAAAAAUUAUUUAGUUAACAUUUGAUAAUCCUAUUAACAUACGUCAUGUCAAAUAGAUGCCCUCGAUUUUACAUUUCAAACAAUUUUGUCUACAUUUGGCUACGAAGUUCGAUAUUUAGUGUUCUAUUUUAGAGCAUCUUAGCUCAGAAUAAUAAAUUAAAGCAGUAUUUUGUACCACUAAUUUUGAAAAUGAAAACCAAUUGACGAGUAAAUGGUUCUUACCAAUAGUACUGCACACCUUUAAUAAAUACACCGUAUAUAAAUGGAACGUUAUUAGCGUGUUCGUCGUCAGUCUCACUCCGCUGCACCCAUGGAAACAUGGUGAGUACGCGCGAGAGUUCCUUACACAACACCAGAAAAUGAAAGUGUUCCUCCCAACCGCGGCUGAGAGGAAGAACCGAGCGAGGUCCUUGAUUUACUAUACCACUUUCUUUGUCGGAUCGAGUGCCAACGACGUUUAAGGUAUACUCUACUGCAGCAAAAACUCGGGCCUUAGGAGGCACUGCACUAAAUUUUACCUUCAGCCCAAACCGGUCCUGAGUCGGAUCUGCAGCUACGAAAGUUAACGGACUUCGCUCCACAGAAACUUAUCGAAGAGAAAGUGAAAGCUCCAGGCGUCCAGUUUUGUGCAGCUUUCUUUGCUAUGCAUUAUUUACUCAUCGGUCGUUGAAAGUAUUUAUCACCUGCUUUCAAUAUUUGGUAUAGCUCAAACAAUGUGAACUCAGACCAUAUUUUGCUCUGUGUUUAAUUCAUAUUGUAGUGACGCAACACGAUGUAGAUCACACCACACAAUUUCCUAUGCUUCGCAACUCUCUAUUUAACUCUACAGUCUCAGCGUCAUUUACGUCUCCGACGAUGAGUUUGCAACAUUCCAGUCCUGUAUAGUGCAAAUACGUUAUUCAUUUCACGUGUAGUGGCCCGCAUGUUAUUCUCAAACCUGGUCAAGCGUUGAAAUAUUUCUCCACUGAAUACUCAUCAGAUACGGUAAAGACUAAGUUACAGCACCAAGUAUGAAGCAGGCAUAACGUAGGUUUAAAGAAAAUACCAACGCAGGUAUAUAAUAAGCACGAUUCAAGACUAUAAGUUAUCGAUAUAUCCUAGGAUAUAUAUAUCCUAGAUUUUCGGACUAUUUAUCUAUAACUUUCGUUCUUUUAUGUACUUAAACUCUAAUACUCGACCAUGGACGAACCUGUCACCGCCAUCAUAGUUACGUCCACUCACCGUCCACAGCUUUUUUCUUCACUCCCAACAUUAUUAUGUAAUAUGAAAUU